UUGUUUCCAAGAGAGGGCAGUAUUUUCCUACAGCAGCUAAUCCAAAAGUAAAUGAGGAACUUAAGAAAAGAUUGCUAACUCCAAAUCAACACAGUGACACAGAAUUGAAAAAGCAGCAGCAUACAGCUUCAUUUGAGGACUUUCGUAAGGAACUCUGUGCUCUAUGAUAUGAGCUCUGAAAUCUUGGAGCAAAAACUGGAGUCAGUGCCAGAUCAAAUAAGUUCAGAAGAACAAAUGGAGGACUGGUCAAAAGAAAUACAUAUUCUGGAACAGAAAAGAGAAGACUCUGCUGAAUUCGAAUUUCGUCAAAAUUUUUCAAAAAAAGCAGAUUUUUUCAUCCAGGCAGAAGCUGAAGCCCUGCAUCAUUUAGAUUUGCCAAUUACAAUUCAAAGUGGGGGAUCCCCAAAAGUGUGUGGUGAUUAUAAUUCCAGUCCAGAAGAGUCAAGCUCUACAGAAAGAAAGAGUGAAAGGGUGCUCCCUAACUUUCUAUCUUCAUGGAAAGAUGCUGGAGGUGGAAAGACAGAAACUGCAGUCCUUUUAAAAGAAUUGGACACUCUAAGGGCCAAAAAUACAAAGCUUCAGGAUGAGCUGUCUGAAAAGGAGAAGGAGCUGAAGACAAUAAAACUGGACUUAGAACUGCAAGACAGAGCUACAGAAGCUAAGAUUGCAGAGAGGAUUGCAGCUCUGGUGGAAGAAGUUUAUUCUGCUCAACGAGAACGUGAUGAGGCUGUCAUGGCAAGGCUUAGAUUAGCUAAUGAAGAGAGAGAUGAAGCGUUUCUACGAGUGCGGCAUUUAGAACAGUCUCUCAAAGAGCUAGAAAAUAUUAACCCUGAAGAAAAUGACAUGACAUUACAGGAAUUACUGAACAGAAUAAACAAUGCAGACACUGGCGUAGAUAUACUGAAGAAUGGAGCUAUAAUUCUGAAUCGAAUACACAGGACGAAAGAACGUAAAAAGAAAAUAGUAGCUGAGGAAAUGAAUGCAGUGAUAGAGCAACGGGAUGCUGCUUUGUCUCAAUGCAAACGGCUGGAGCAGGAGCUUCAUCAUCUGAAAGAGCAGAACCAGACUUCAGCAAACAACACGAGACAUCUGACUGCUGAAAACAAUCAAGAACGUGCUCUGAAGGCAGAAUUGAUAAACUUGCAACGAGAAAAAGAGGCUGUUCUUCAGCAGUGCAAAAAACUGGAAGAAGAAAUUCAGACAUUGCGUAUUUAUUACAGCUUACAUGAGUCCUUGUCUCAGAGAAUGAGUCUGAAGGAUCAGUUUAACUGCACUUGUGGUGCUUCUGAAAGUGCUCUGAAAGGCGGGGAGGACGUUGUGGCCACCAUGUAUCGCCAAGUCGAAGAACUGGCAGCCCAACUGCAGCAGGCCCAGUCUCAGCAGAAGGACACGCAGCUGGAGCUUCAGAAAGCCUUGGAGGCUUCACGGGAGGCCAAUGACAAAGUUCAGAAAGCGCAAGUACAAAUUUUAACUGUGUGA